AGAGGGAUAAUGGGUUGCAUAGCAUGUUAUUUUCCAUUGAUCUUCUAAUGCCAUGUUGGUUCAUGACUUUGGGAAUUGAAUGAUUUGAGAAUUUCCGUCGUCGAUGUCGACUGUCCCCCUAUGUGUUAGACAAAAGCAUGCGAGGCUGCUCAUAUCUUAAAGUACAUUUAAUGCCAUACACUAUGACUCAAGACAGGGCCUGCGCGGUGAAAAUACUGGACAAUCGUAAAUGCAUUGAGUUAUGUACAUGACUAAGGAGUGGAUAAGGAUGCACAAACACGCUACGUUUCUUCGCCCACUCAAAACCGACUCUGGGCUCUCCACCUACGAUCUCCACUGCUUUUCCAUGUUGAGAUUAAUCAGCAAGCAGCUAACCCCAAAGGGACUAACUAACUAUACAGUCAGUCCUCUUAAGGGACCUCUUCACAAACCUCUUCAGCAUCCUCUGUUUUCUCCUUUCGCCUCAUGUCCUGUCAAAGCCCGUCAAGUCCUGACCGAAACUUAUGAUACAAUCACUCGAACCCAUACUGAUUAUCCAAAUCGCAUAGCCCGUAUCAUUGAAAGGAAGGACCAAGAGGCUCGAGACCGGGGUGGAUGGAUCGAUAUUCACGACUGGGAUUCUGUUGCAGCGAACGAAUACGAUGUCACGAUCAGCAAGGUUGAUAACAGAACACUGCGAUCUGAAAUCUCAGAGCGCCUCGGCAUACCUUACCUUGGCAAGGCGACUGAGGAUGGUGCAAGUAGAGUGGUUAAAUACAUAGAUAGCUAUCUAUACGGCUAUAAGAGCCAUCCAAUACUUCCAUGUGUUGUUAGCUCGAGUAGUGAGACUCGUUGGGUGUUUUUCAUUGUGGACACUGGUGCCUCAGCAACCUACCUCUCCCCUCAGGUUAAUGCCCCCUACCUAUAGAGAGUAUACGAUUCUAACUUGGUUCUAGGCGCUUGAUGCUUUAAACCUUUCAAAUUAUAUGCUGCCCUUUGUCAAUAUUGCUGGGUAUAAGCACACAGUCCACCAAUCGCCUCCGAAUUCGCGUUUUGCUGAGAUCAAUCUCCUUGGGGCCGACUUCUGCUGGGCUAAUGAGCUUGUUAUUGAGUUCCUCCCUGACCGUAAGAUGAAAUUUAUCUUUGGGCAAUGAAAUGAAAUCAAGGAAAUAAAGGAGACUUGGUUAUGAAUUUAUCUUACCGCUA